AUGGCGUACCGCUCGCCCUCGAGAGGCCCAAAUCGCCAGCCUACAGACGAUAACGAUGAGUUGGCGCAAUCGCUCCGACACCUCUCUCUUUCAGCGAGAUCUCCCCAAAAUGGCACCCAACGUUCUCCGAGCUCCAUGAGCAUUUCGAGGUCUCCCAGCUCUUUGAGCGUUCGAGGCGCCGCCCCGAGAAGUCCCCUGGCUGAGGGCGGCCGUCCAACAUCUCGCGCUGGCACCCCAGGCCUGCUACGCAAGGCUUCAAUGAACUCACUACAUUCCGUUAACGGCGUUGCGCCACCUCGCCGUGCAAGUUCCGUCAAUAUCUCAUCCCCUUCGGCUUCACGGUCGCCUCGUCACAGCACCUCGCCGCCGAAGCAGAAGCCUGCUCGGACAGCCGCCUCUGUUGCUCGUGAUUACUUUAAGCUUGAGCUGGCAGUCCGGCAUGGUGAGCAGCCAGAUCCCACCUCCGAGACUGUGGUCAUUAUGCACGAUAGCUGCUACGGGCAUCGAUUUUCCCGCCCUCGCACCUCCCGAGCUGCCUUGAGCACGAUAGUCGAGCGACCGGAGAGGAUCAAGGCGAGCGCUCUUGGUAUAGCUGCUGCCUACGUACGACUGGGAGAGCGGCAUUCUGAUGGAAUACACCCCAUAGAUGCAAGUGCUGAUCCUGCGGCAAUACCUUCGAUACCAUUCCGAAUACAAAAGACUACUCGUCGGCUGCCGUUGAUGUCACAGGCAGUUACGAACGUCCACGGCACCAAGUGGAUGGAGGAGCUCAAAAUGAUGUGUGACUCUGCGGAAACAAAGCUGGCUAUGAACGGAAAGGAGUUGCAGCGGCCGGACAUGCACAGGGGCCCGGAACAAGACGGGCCGCCGCCCAAGUUCCACGAAGGGGACUUGUACCUCUGCUCCGAGUCGCUAGACGCUCUAGAGGGGUCCCUGGGAGGUGUGUGCGAGGCUGUGGAUGCUGUUUUCACUCCAGAAAACCCAGCAAAGCGUGCUUUCGUCGCAAUCCGACCACCGGGUCAUCAUUGCUCAGCCUCGUUCCCCUCGGGAUUCUGCUGGGUCAAUAAUGUUCAUGUUGGAAUUAUGCACGGAAUUCUCAGCCAUGGGCUGACCCAUGCGGCCAUUAUUGACUUUGACUUGCAUCAUGGCGACGGCUCGCAGGCUAUUGCUUGGCAGCACAACACGCGUGGUAUUGGACUCUCAAAGAAUGCCGCCUGGUGGAAGAAGCCAUCGAUUGGAUACUUUAGCCUCCACGACAUCAACUCGUAUCCGUGCGAAAUGGGCGAUGAAGAGAAGGUUAAGAACGCGAGCUUGUGCAUCGAAAAUGCGCAUGGUCAGAAUAUUUGGAACGUCCACCUGUUACCAUGGAAGACAGAAGAGGACUUCUGGCGGCUGUACGAGUCCAAGUACAAGGUAUUGCUGGACAAGACGAGAGAGUUUCUCAGAGCUCAAACAGAACGGUUCCGAAAUGCCGGCCAGAGUAAUGUCGCCAAGGGUGCCAUCUUUCUGUCUGCUGGAUUUGAUGCCAGCGAGUGGGAGGGUUCAGGCAUGCAACGACAUAAAGUCAACGUUCCAACGGAAUUCUAUGCUCGUCUCACGCGGGACGUCGUCAAGAUCGCGGCUGAAGAGGAGACUAGCGUCGAGGGCAGAGUAAUCAGCGUCCUCGAGGGUGGCUAUAGCGAUCGUGCACUUUGUUCGGGCAUUUUGAGUCACGUAAGCGGCCUGGCGGGUGACGAUCCAGUAGACUUCGCUCCUUUGAAGGGGCUUCGCGGGGAAGUCAACAAGAGGCUAAGUGGAGCAAGCCUCACCCAUGCUCGGAGAGAAUCUCUUAGCCUCAAGAAUACGUUCCCCCUCCAUCCAUAUGAAGCAGAGUGGUGGCAUGCUUCAGAACUGGAGCGACUUGAGACGGCCAUGGUUGCCCCGAUAGAGGCUCCUGAACCCAGGAAGCCCCGUAACGCUACGCCGCCGACCUAUUCGUCUCCCACGCAAUCAUCUCAAGCUAAGGUGGUUUACAAUCCUAGCAAAAUCCGCCGGAGUUUGCCAUCAACCGUUGACGGGAGGAGCUCACCCAUGCCCGUACCACGAGCCCCAACACCACCGCCACCUGAUGUUCCCUGGACCAUCGCAGCCCAUGAGCUUAGCAAACUUUUGAUCCCCAGCGAUCGUCAGACAGGCAGCUGCAAGCCAGAAGAUCUCAAUGCCGAGGCGACACGACAAAGACGGGAUCGCCAAUCUAUAGCACUGGCGGCUGCGGCGUCAUCGUUGCCAUCACCUACAAUAGUUGAGUCCAUUGAAGUUGACGAACCCCCUCGCUCCUCAACGAGAAUGUCACUGCGCGAACGGAAGGCCCCGAAGUCCUAUUCAGAUUUGAAUAAGGACGACUUUACCAAGGGUGAUCGUAGAAAGACUGUCGCAGGAUCAUCUGUUAUCGCAACAGACAAGGCCGCAGCGAGAGGCUUUCCUGCGGCCGCCGGGAGGCCUAAGCAAACCUCGAGACGUCUUAGUGCUGCAUCAACAGUUGUUUCUGAAGUUCCAGAUGGAUUCCUACCCCCUCCCAUGAACGGUGCGGCUGCAAGGCCCGGCACAUCGUUGAGUAUCAGGCCAGAGUCGUCAAUGAGCGUCCGCAGCACGAUGACCACUGGCGGAACCCUCCCUAGCAAAAAGACUCGUGUAGCUCCUGUGAAGAAAGAUGCAGCCCCAAAGGUGCCUCGGGGGGCAAAGAAAGCUGCGCCUGCGAACAUUCCUCAAAUCAAGACGGAAAAAGAGGCUGAAGUCACGAGACCAGUUGCUUCCCGGGCACCGGCUUCUACCUCAUCCAUGCCAACUCAGCCAAAAGAGCCCGAUGAUGAGAUGAAUAGCCUGACUACCAACAUGAAGAAAGUCAAGAUCACUCUACUCACAAAGGCUCAAAAGGAAGCUCGCGAUCAGAAGGCAGCCGUGCCCACAAACGGUAAUGAAGUAGCGACACCUACAGAGGAGCGGUCCCCAGCUGUUCUCAUACCUGGAAGCGCGCCGGAGCGGAUGCAAUCAGGACGAAGCAUUGCUUCCAAGCCUCCUGUCAACGCUACUUCAGUUGAUUCCUCCUCUGGCUAUCCGUCCGCUCCCUCAACGCCCGGCAUGUUCAUACCAUUCCAGCCAGAAGGGCCGGCUCCGGAGCCACAUCCUCAAAAUAAUCAGCACCAGCAGCUACAAUGGCUCCCGCCCAAUGUUGGAACGCCAUCUCCCGUGAAACGACAAGAUUUACCGGUGUUUUCAGCUACUGGAACGAUACCUUUUGCAAGUGCGACGGGUCGAUCAUUGUCUCCUUUGCGUGGCAGUACAGAUGCUCCUGACAAGACCAACAGCGGAGUUUCAACACCGAUCCCCAAGUCGCGUGUUGAACAAGUCAGAUCAAUGUGGGAAAUUCCGGAGACGCCACAGAAAUAG